GGUACUAAUAAUGUAUAUCAAAACAUUAAAAUCAUAGUGGAUUUUUUUUAGGUACAAUGUUUUUUAUGAGUCCUGAAUUCUAGUUACUAGUUUCUUUUUGUUCAUUUCCGCUCUAAAAUCUACAUACAAAUUUUGUUUCGUUGCGUGAGAUACACUAGCAGUAAUUUAUGUAAUUGUUAUUUAUUCACCAGAGAUCGUAUUUUUAUCAAAACGAGCAACCUUUGUUUGGGCAAAAACUAAUUUCUAAUCAGUUAACAUUAUUUUAUACUGCGUUACCUACUCACAACGUUUGUGCUUUUUAAACAGACCGUUACUCGCGCUAAUUAGUUUUUCAUGUUGUCAGUUUUGAUAACAUUUAUAUAAUCAUGAGAAAGAUAGUAAAAAAUAUUAAGAAGUACUUCAAAGAAUAUUGUAAUUCUACUUCUAUACAUGGAUUUCGAUACUUUGCUGAAGAAAGAACAUACUUUGAAAAUUUUUUGUUAAUUUUUAGGUUAUGGUGGUUGAUUGUUUUCAUUAUCUCUUUGGGGGUAUGUGUAUUAUCAAUUUAUAUGGUUUAUAGAAAGUGGGACGACAGUCCCGUCAUCGUCAGUUUUGCUAAUACAGGAACCCCAAUUUAUAAAAUACCAUUUCCUGCUAUCACAAUCUGUCCCGAAACAAAAUCAGCACGGAACAAAUUCAAUUUUACUGAUUUACUACUAAAGAAGAUAAAUGAUAAAAACUUGACUGAUUCAGAAAGUGUCCAGUUUGAUUACAUGUCUCUGAUUUGUGAUGAAUACCUUAACGAAUCGAGCACGUUCACGGUAUCGGAACAGUUUUAUGAUUUUGUAGAUGAAGUAAAACCUAUGUUUAACGUAUCAAACUGCAUUUAUCGAGGGAAAAAAUUAACAUGUGACAAAAUUUUCAAGCCGAUUUUUACGGAAGAAGGAGUGUGUUACACUUUUAAUAUGCUGGAUAGAAGUGAAAUAUUUAAGGAAAAUGUUGUGCAUUAUCGUGAUUAUCAGCAGUUUCUUCGGUAUUCAACAAACUGGUCCAUAGAACACGGAUACGCAGAAGAAGCAGGUUUACUGCCGUAUCCCAGACGUGCACUAUUAGCAGGAGCUAAAAAUGGAUUUACGUUCGAACUUAUGGUGUUUGAGGAAGAUUUAGACUAUGUGUGCAAAGCGGAUGCUUUACAAGGCUAUAAAGUUUUAGUUCAUCUGCCUACGACUUUUCCCACACCUAGUCAAGAGUAUUUUCGGGUUCCUUUAGAUCAAAAAGUAAUAGCAGCAAUACAACCCUCAAUGAUUACGACUUCAGAAUCUGUUAGAGCUUAUAAUCAAGAAAGAAGACGGUGCUAUUUUCAAACAGAACGAAAUUUGCAAUAUUUUAGGAUCUAUAAUACAGUUAACUGUGAUAUAGAAUGUUUAGCUAACUACACGCUAGAUUGGUGUGGAUGUGUGAAUUUUUUUAUGCCUCGAGAUAAUACUACGGACAUCUGUGGCGGUGCAAGCUUGGAAUGUACCAAAGAAGCUGAAAGAUAUAUGCAAACAAAAAAUUUGAAACGGAAAAUAAAUAACAGAAAUAAGUCAAAGAGAAAGAGUAAAUCUUUGGAAGAUUGCGAUUGUCUGCCACUUUGUACAGACUUAGUGUAUGACGCUGAAACUUCUCAAACAGACUGGGACUGGAAACAGUGGUAUACAGCAUUGGGCUUUGAAAAAUUAAUACCAAAAACACAUCACUCGUCACUUACUAUUUAUUUUAAAGCUGAUGACUUUAUUACGUCUGAAAGAAACGAAUUUUAUGGUCCAACUGAUUUUUUGGCCAAUUUUGGAGGUCUCGUGGGAUUAUUUACGGGUGUUUCUGUUCUUUCAGUUUUGGAAAUUUUAUAUUUCGCAUCUGUGAGACUUCUGUGUAAUAAAAGGUUAUAUGGAAAGUGGACAGGUGUUAACGAAUAAUCUUUGUAACUUAUUAGGAAAAUAUAUAAUGAUAAUGAGCAUAUAUUAAUUUUAAGUUGUAAAAACUCUUCUGCUUGGGUAGUGCAUGCAGUUAGGUUUCACAGAUAAUAAAAUGUAAUUUAGUUUCACUCCUAUAGAUCGGUACGGUACAAAUACCUACUUUAGAAAUUGAUUUGGGUUUCUUUGUAAUUAGAAUACUAAGUAUAUGUGUAUACAAGGGUAUUCACGAGAAACUUAGCACCUAAAAAAUGCGCAAGACCUAACCAAGAACACAAUUCAAUACUUUUUGAUAUUUAAUUCUUUUUUAAACAAAACAUUAGGUGUUGAUUUUGAUAAAUUGGAAAUAAACUCAAUUUGUAGCUUAAAUGUAUGUGUUCUCUACACAAACCCAAAAGCAACUUUUUUCUGUAGUAUAAGGGAGGUAAA